AUGAUGUUGAAACUGUCUGCUAUAUCAGAUGAUGUACAUCGCCCUAUAAGUGUUUAUACUACACCUCCAUUAGAUAUUUCUAUUAUUGAUGAAGAAGAUGAAAUUAAAGAAGAGGAGGAGGAGGAGGAAAACGAAGAUGAAGACGAUUUAAUGGAUAAACGUUCUUAUCAACUGUCUCAAUUAUUAUUCACUCCUCCUACUUCAUUAGAUAACAAAUCCAAAUUCAUUCUGCCAUUUGAAUGUCCAAGAACUCCUCCGCCACCUCCACCUCCACCGCCACCGCCAGUUUCCAACCAAUACUCCCAUUCAAGUCCUAAAACAAUGAAUAGUAAAAAUUCUCAAUUUGCUUCAGAUACGUCUUCAUUAUUAAAACCCCAGUUAUCUUUAAAGUCCAUGAAAACUACUACCACUACCACUUCUGCUUCUUCAUCAUCUUCUAAUUCAUUUAAAUAUCAACCACCACCUCCAUUACUGACCAACCCACAAUUAAAAUCACCUUCCAAAUCACACAAUAAAAGAAAUAGUACAAAUCCUACUGUUGGUGUUAAAGAAAAUUUACUACUGUCACCUUCAAAAUUAUUAAAACGGUUAUCAAUGAGAUUAUCUUCAUCAAACUUAAAUAAACGGAAUUCAGUUAUUCCUAAUGAUAUAAAAGUAAUUAUAUCUGAACCACAACCACAACCACAACCACAGCCACAACAAUUAUUGCUGCCUCGAUUACCAUUACAAGAAUAUGAAGAAAAAUCAGCAACGACAAUACAAUCACAACUGAUACCCUACUUGGAAACAGUAGCAUUACCAAAUGGUAAAUCAAUUUUAAUACCUUCAUCACAAUCACAAGAUGAAUAUCCAUCACCAACAUUAUCACUCACACCACCAUAUCUGACAUCACCAUCAAAUUCAAAUUCUUCUUCUUGUUAUAGUUUACAACAACAACCAUCUAAAUCUUCUACAUCUAUGAUAGCAUCAAAUUUACCACCUUUAGAGAAUCAAAAAUUAAAUAAAUCAUUGUCAAACAGUACUAAUGAUGGAAAGAAACCCACCCCAAAUGAAGUAGUUGAAAUUACGCCAAAGAAACAAAGCAGAAGAAGAAGAAAUAAAAGUCAUUCUAUUAGUGCAUUUAUUUCACCACGUAAAUUGGCCAGUGAAUAUCAUAAUCGAGUUAAAUCAAGUUGGAGAAAUUCUCUGACUCCUUCAACUCAUUCUCAAUUAUCACAACCUAUACCAUAUUUACAAUAUCCUAAAUCAACCGAUGAUGAAGAAUUGAUUGGAUAUAAAUAUAAUGAUGAAGGAGAAGGAAGUGAAGAAGUUAAUCAAUCACCACCACAGCAACAGCAACAGCAAGAAAUAGAAGAAGAAGAAGAAGAGGUUGAAGAAGAUAUACAUGAUGCCCAAAAUAUUGGUGAUACUUCAUUGAUUAGUGGGAUAAUUAAUGAUAUAGUUACAACUGAUCAUACCCAUGAUAUAACUUCAUUUUCUGGAUAUUCUUUAGAUAAACCAAACACAAACACAACAGCGGUCACUACCACCACCACCACUACCAAUAAUGAUAAUGACAUUGAUAAUGAAACAAACACUAAUAAUACUAAUGAUAAUUCAAUUCUUGUAUUACCUGCAUCUCCACAAAAGAGUACUUUUUCAACAACUACAACAACGACUAAUUCUACAAUUACAAUAGAUGAUAUUGAUGAUGUUUCAUUUUCUUCCCCUUCCUCAUCAAUGACACCAAUGAGUAAACAACAAGUUAUGGGAGGAUAUAAUGAUACUUUAGAUACUAUUAAUACUUCAUCAAUAAUCACAACUGGAUUUGAUGAAGAUGAAGAUAAAGAUGAUGUUAGUGUUAAUGUUAGUGGGAUCAGUUAUAAAGGAAGUAUUUCUAAUCAAAGAAAACAAAUUUAUAAAUAUCAUAAUCAUAGCCAUAGUCAUGGUCGACAUCAUCGCAUGGAUUCACAAGGUUAUGAAAAAAGGAAAAUGAAUCAUCAAAGUACAAUGUCAACUUCAACUACUAUAAGUUCAGCAGCAAUGAAUCAACAACAACAAAAACAAAAACAAAAACAAAAACAACAACCCCAAAAAUCAGUAUAUUCUGAUUCAAUAUUAAAAUUGAAUAUCUUUAUCCAAGAUUCAAACAACACCACCAAUAACAGUUCUGGUUCAUCGUCAUCAUCAUCUUCCUCUUCUUCUUCCUCUUCAUUAUUACAAUCAAUGAUAUCAAUUAAAUUACGGAAAGAUAAAUUGAAAAAUCUUGAUGAAUUAAUUAAUUUAAUAAUUUAUAAAUUAAUGAAAAAAUUAAAUCGUCAUGAUGAUGAUUUAAUCAUUGAUAAUAUCAAAUUAUUAAUCUUCUUCAAAAACAACAACAACAACAAUAAUAACAAUAAUAAUAAUAAUAAUAAUAAUAGUACCAGUGAUACUAAUUAUGGUGGUGGUGGUGGUGGGGAUGAUGAUAAACAUGUUUUAAUAAAUCCAAUAAUUUUAAAAGAUAAAAUUGAUCAAUCAAUAACAAAGAAAAAGAAUAAACAUCAGAAUUCUUCUUCUUCAUUGCCGAUUAAUAAUUAUAAAGAUGAUUUAUUAUUGGAAUAUAUUCAAAUGAAACUGAAAUUAUAUAUUAAAGCUAUAAUUUGA